AAAUACCUCACUCCCUUAAAUAUUUCAAUAUAUAAGGCUUUUCUAUGACUUUUUGACCUUUAAACUGAGAUCCUUCUGCCAAUAUAAGUUCUUUCGCAAAGUUUUUUACACGAAAUGUCAACCGUUAAUAUAGAAAAUUCUUUAUUAAUAACGGUAAAUAUUACAAUGUUUCUAUAUUAAUACAAUAUAUUGAUACUAAUAAUUUAUUUUUAGACUUAAUUAUUUCGUUCUCGUUUCUCUCUUGUCAACCUAUCAUUACGGGUUCGUGUUUGUACCCAUUUUAUUACGUGUUGUCUAUCCCACAUAUUUUCAGUUUGAUUAUUUGCUAUAUUCCAAUUAUUCAAUUGUUGAAUAGCAUUACUAAUAUUUUCUUCGCUUGUAUCAUUCACUAAUGGUUCUAAAAAUGAUAAUUCUUGCCCUAUAAAAAAUGUUUGUCCGAUAAAUAUUCGGAAUGGGGUCAAUUUUCCGUACACUCGCACGCUAUUAUACAAUAUUUGUUACAAUUUAAUACAAGAUGCGGAGAUUGAGAAUUUUAACCACAUAAAAAACGUACAAUAUCAUGAUGAAUGUCCAAUAAAUGUCAAGUAAAUGUUCGGAACGGGGUCGAUUUUCUGAACAAAAAACCGAACAGUGUUUGGACAAUAUUUUUAUAGGGUUGUGUAUGGGUGCUCCGGUGAAAUCCGUUCAAUCCGUCAUCCGAUCUGAUCAAAAAACGGAUCAUCCAGAUUAAGAAUGAACGGAUUGCGGAUAAUCCGGAUGGAUCCGUUGGAUAACAUCGGAUUGAUCGGAUGUUACACGGAUGACCGGAUUGACCGGAUUGAUCAGAUAAUCUGGUCAAAUUCAUAACUUUUUUUUUUUUUUUUUUU